AUGCACAUCAUUGCCUGUUUUGUGCACUGUCUUGAGCCCAAGCGUGGUCAUGGGCAAGGGCAAGGCCUAAAAGUAACAUAUGGAACAUACGAUAAUUAUAUUCCAGUCAGUGAAUUAAGCAAAAAAUCAUGGAAUCAGCAAUACUUUUCCCUGGCAUUUCCCAAACCACCAAGGCCAGGAAAGAAACGAAGAUCACUACCUUCCCAGUUACACAACAAAACAGUUCCUGUAAUUGUUGAACAAAAACAAGGAAGUCACAGACCACCGUUAUGGAUGCAUCGUUCCCUGAUGAAAAUUUCUGAGAGACCAUCUGUUUAUUUAGCAGCCAGGAAGGGCCUUCCACAGAAACUACCUCAAUCUGGAGUGAGAGAGUCUAAAGAAACAGGCCCACCCAAGCCUUUGCCUUCAGAACAACCAAUGAAAGAAGAGAAAGUAAAAAAAAUUGACACUGAAGCAAAAGAGAAAAUAGUAUUAAAUAUAGUCAAGGAAGAAGGUCCUAAACCAGUUGCUAAGAAAAUCUCAAAGGAUUCGGAUGAGAGCAGGGAAGAAACCAGUUUAGAAUCUGAAGCCCAAAUGGCAGUUGAGAAGAAAGAAUCCAAAAAAGGUAAAAAGGAAACAAAGGAUUCAGCCUCAGAAUCAGAAACCGAAAAGGUCGGUGGGAAGAGAGAAGCCAAGAAAGGUAAAAAGGAAUCAAAGGAGAAAGGCCUAUUCUCAGAAUCUGAAGCUGAAAAAGUUGGUGGGAAGAAAGAAUCCAAGAAAGGUAAAAAGGAACUAAAGGAUAAAGGCCUAUUCUCAGAAUCUGAAGCUGAAAAAGUUGGUGGGAAGAAAGAAUCCAAGAAAGGUAAAAAGGAAGCAAAGGAGAAAGUUUUACCCUCAGAAUCUGAAGCUGAAAAAGUUGGUGGGAAGAAAGAAUCCAAGAAAGGUAAAAAGGAACUAAAGGAUAAAGGCCUAUUCUCAGAAUCUGAAGCUGAAAAAGUUGGUGGGAAGAAAGAAUCCAAGAAAGGUAAAAAGGAAGCAAAGGAGAAAGUUUUACCCUCAGAAUCUGAAGCUGAAAAAGUUGGUGGGAAGAAAGAAUCCAAGAAAGGUAAAAAGGAACCAAAGGAUAAAGGCUCAGGUUCAGAAACUGAAUCUGAAAAGGCAGGUAAGAAGAAAGAAGGAAAAAAAGGUCAAAAGGGUUCAAAGGAUUCAGAAGCUGGCAAAGCUGCUGAAAAGAAAGAAAGCAAAAUCAGUAGAAAGGGUCUAAAGAGCAAAGAAACACUUGUAGAUUCUGAAAGUGAGAAGGCAGAUUCAAAGAAAGUUUCCAAGAAAGACGCCAAGAAGAAGGAAAAUAAAAAGGAGAAGGAAAACAAGACAGAUGGAGACUCAAAGGAGAGUAUUAAGAAAGACAAGAAAGAAAAUAAAGAGAAGAAAGACAAGAAAGAAAAGAAAGAUAAGAAAGACUCUCCAGCUGACUCCUCUGAGUCAAAGAAGGAUGAAAAAAAGACAAAAAAAGAGAAAAAGUUCUUAAAGUAG